AUGGGCUCCCUCGUAUCAAGCAUCACCAGUCCUGCCAUCGACAAGGCCAAAGAUGCCCUAAUGAUGCAACAAGUCGCUGCGAUAAAGCAGAACAAAGAGCAACGCGAUAGACAACUUGCGAUGAAUAUUGCUGCUACCCGAGACAGGGUUUACUGGAUGUCAGGCACCGCGGUGACAAUAAUUGGCUUGGCGGGACUGCAAAAGGCUAUGGGACGUAAGCCAGCUCUGGCAAUACUGCCUGUGACAGCCUUUACCGCGCUAGUGGCCUAUCAAGUGGAUCUUGCAUGGGGAACGAAAAUAAACCGCCUCUCUCGUGAAGUGCAAGCGAUCCGAGCCGAACCUAAUUGGUGGUUCAAUGAACCUUUAGAUUUGCCUCCUGUCAUGAGAGGUCCGUAUAGGAAGUUUAUGGACGAGCAGAACGCAAAGCUCAAAGCAAUGGGAGAACCUCCAGAAAAGGAUUGGGCACGUUAAAGGACAUUCUUAUAUUAUAAACUAAUGGACAACAGCAAGAUACGAUACUUGCUUUUUGACCAUCCUCCAAUUAAACGAUGAUUUGCAUCGAAUAAAU